AUGUAUCUGAGAGUUCCCGAGCAACAGCUGAUGUGGAAUGGUCUGCCAAAGCUGAGAAAGACAGGAGGAAACUACGAGCAGGUUGAGGAGGAGGAGGUCGUGAUACUUCUGCCUAAUACCGUCGAUGAUGGCAACGACAAUUGCUUCAUGCCUAAGACCUUCCCUACCUCGAAUACGGACCUUCUCCUGGACGAGAUCAACGAGAGCCUCUCAGGACGAUCAGUGACGACGAUCUCGGCGACUUUGGCUUCUUCAAAACACUUCCUGUUCCAGGCCCCUCUCGUGCCUGCAGAAAGGUCUGCUUCUUUUCUCAUGUGCCGUACCAUCUCACCACAAGCUCAUUUCGAUCGCAGAAGGUCUAGCACACAAUCAUCACGAUUGCUACCAUCAGAGACAAAUUCUAUUAGACUCGUGACUGUCUGCGAUGGCAUUCAGUCCGAUCGUCCACAAUCACGAAUCACUCACGAAUCACGAAUCAAUGCUAGAUCAACUGUAUUCGUGAUUCAUGAUUCGUGA